AUGCAAGUCAAACCAUAUGUGAAAUGAACGAAAACGGCGUAAUCGAACUAUAAGCGAGUGCAUAGGGAUCGAUGUGUACAAUAUCAGCUUUAAAUAAUCUGAGAUAUAUAAAACAAACCUAGAAUGGCAACACUAAUCUAAUUGACAGCUGUGCUAACCGCUUAUAAUAAAUUAUUUGCCAGCUAUAUCUAAAAGUGGAAAGUAAAUAAAAGUUGUGAUGUAGCAGAGUUAUUGGACAUAAAUGUUCGCGUGCAGAACUUUGUUAACAUAUAAGACUUUCGAUUUAAACUUCAGGACGCCAUUUUUAAAUUGUUAUGGAAAAAAUAAUAUAUUUAUUAUUUAGUAGCAUCGUUAUUAGCAGCCUAUGGCUCGCGUUCUUCAUGUAAUAAAAUGUUAUUUUCCAUAUUUUUGUAAAUGCAUUUGAUAGUAAGUUGCUUAAAAUUUUUUUAAGCAAAUUAAACUAUUUAUUCAAUAAAAUUUGGUUUAAACAGCUCUUAUUUAAAGAAGUCGUCCUAUCUCAAAUUCAACAUGAACAUAAAAAGCCUUUCAAUAUAUUUAAAUUACAAUGUGAUUGGGCUUUGUAUAUUAGCAUUGACCAGUUUUGUUGCUUUGACCUUGAGUGAAAGUAUACCAACUCAAAAUAUGUCCCGAAAGGAACGCGCAGAAUUGAGGAAUGAAGCUAGAGACAUGUUUUAUCAUGCAUUCCGGGCAUAUAUGGACAAUGCCUAUCCUGCCGAUGAAUUAAUGCCACUUUCCUGUAAAGGUAGAUAUCGAGGUGUUACGCCUUCCCGAGGCGAUAUGGAUGACAUUUUGGGAAAUUUUUCAAUGACUCUAGUUGAUUCCAUUGACACAUUGGUAUUACUUGAAGAUUUCGAUGAAUUCGAACGAGCCGUUCGGUUAGUAAUUCAAGAUGUACAAUUCGAUAGCGAUAUAAUAGUUUCCGUUUUUGAAACAAAUAUACGCAUGGUGGGUGGCUUACUUUCGGCACAUGUUUUGGCGGAGUACAUCCAAAAAAAUCGUGGUAUAAUGCUAUGGUACAGCGGGGAAAUGUUGGAAAUGGCGCGCGAUCUAGGUUAUCGCUUACUCCCAGCUUUUAAUACAUCAACAGGAAUACCACAUGCUCGAGUCAAUCUGCGCCAUGGCAUUAAAGAUGAGCAGCUGAAAAAGUCACGUGAAACAUGUACAGCAUGCGCUGGAACUAUUUUAUUAGAAUUCGCGGCUUUAUCACGUUUGUCUGGUGAUCCUGUAUUUGAAGCACGUGCUCAUAAAGCCAUGGAUGCGCUUUGGAAGCUACGGCACAGGGGUUCUGAUCUAAUGGGAACCGUCCUAAACAUUCAUUCGGGAGAUUGGGUACGUCGAGAUUCAGGUGUAGGAGCCGGUAUUGAUUCAUACUAUGAAUACUUAUUUAAAUCUUACGUUCUACUCGGUGAUGAUAAAUAUUUGGCUCGCUUUAACCGUCAUUACAAUGCAGUAAUGAAAUAUGUUAGCGAAGGACCUAUGCUUUUGGACGUACUCAUGCAUAGACCUCAUGCAAAGUCACGCAACUUCAUGGAUUCAUUACUUGCUUUUUGGCCUGGUCUCCAAGUUCUAUCUGGAGAUAUUAAACCAGCUGUUCAAACACACGAAAUGCUUUAUCAAGUAAUGCAAAUGCACACAUUCAUACCAGAAGCUUUUACUGUCGAUUUUCAAAUUCACUGGGGACAACACCACCUUCGGCCCGAGUUUAUAGAAUCAACAUAUUUUCUUUUUCGAGCUACUGGUGAUCAUCAUUACCUCCAAGUGGGCAAAAAAGCUUUAAAAACACUUCAGAAAUAUGCAAAGGUUCCAUGUGGAUAUGCGGCUGUAAACGACGUUCGCACUGGAAAACACGAAGAUCGCAUGGACUCUUUUGUACUCUCAGAAACAUUUAAAUAUCUGUAUUUGUUAUUUUCGGAACCACAUGAUUUAGUAGUUGAUGUCGAUGAAUUUGUUUUCACUACAGAGGCACAUCUGCUACCAUUAACUAUCGCACAGCUCGGGAACACAACUUUCAGCUUUAGACAAACUGAUGAACAUAACGUUCUGGAUUUUAUGCGAACUUGUCCCAAGUCAAAUAAGCUUUUUCCAGAAAAAGUUCGGAAACCACUGCGCAAUUUUAUUACGGGUUCUUGUCCCCGGGUACCUACCGGGAAGCGAUUACGUGCUUUGGAUUUUCAAGCAAGUAAUGCAGAUCAUUUGCGGGCUAUUUACGACAUGGGCAUAACAAUAGUGUCCUUAGGUGAUGGCAAGGUGCGCCUCUUUCAUAGUUUUUAUAACGCCAAAAGCCCUGAUGAUGGAGAAAUGGGUUUGCUGUUUAUGCAAGAGAUGCUGGAACUGACCAAAAUACAAAAUAUGAAUCAAUUGGCACAACUUCAGGCAGUGGCAUAUUCGCCAAAUGAUAAAUCCAAUGACUGGACUGCGUUGAUGGCUGGUCCAUCACACUUCAGUCCAGAAUUAAUGGGAGAUCGAUUUGUCGAAGGUGAAUUGGUUAUGGCAACACCUUUUCGGGCUUGUGAGGAACCCUCAAACAAAGCUGAAAUAAGCGGCAAAAUCCUUAUUGCCGAAAGAGGAGAUUGUACAUUUGUUAGUAAAGCUCGUCUGGCCCAAGCAGCGGGUGCCCUUGCAUUAAUUGUUUGUGAUAAUGUACCGGGAUCUUCCGGGGAGACGCAACCAAUGUUCGCCAUGUCUGGAGAUGGCACUAAUGAUGUCACGAUACCAGUUGUAUUUAUGUAUUCACAAGAGUUUAUUAAACUGUCUAAUGUUAUGAAAGAAAAACCAAAACUUAUCGUGAGAAUCAUGCAAAUGAUCGAAUUCAAACGUUGGCAACUCGCAAGGGAUUCAACAAAAACGACAACAAACUACCAAAUGACAAUUCACACUAAAAUAUCAAAAGCUACAUCUACUAAGAAUGGUAAUGCUGAGAGAACAGCAGAGACAGACAACAUUAAAGAAGAUCUAUAGUGUUUAUAAAAUUAAAUUCUUAAUACAACUCAGUUAAAAUUACACAGUACAACAGCUAAUCUGGGGGGUGGGAAAUCCCAAGUCAGGGUGAUGGUACUUUUUCCCUUCAUACAUUCAUUUUUAACUUCGAAAGUGUUGCAUAUAUAGGAAGACGGUAUAGAAACAGAUUAGAGAAACUGUAAUUCUUAAUUUUUCUAAAUUUGUUUCAUCAAAAUCGGACAAAUGGUUCGCGAGUUAUGUUAAACUACGUUUUUGCCAAAAUGUUACAACUAAGCGAAAAAACAUCAAGAUAAGGAAAAAAUUUAAAAGGUCAUAAAAAAACUGACACAUACGAACGCCAAACCCUUUGAGGGUUUUACUAUACUGACCUAGUACCAUCACCCUGACUUGGAAUUUCUCACCCCCCAGACAAUAAUCCCAAAAAUGUUCCACAGUGUUAUUAAUUAAAAAAGAAAUUAAACUCACUUUUAGAAAUUAGAAUUCCCAAAAUUAAUCGAAAGCUUGUAUAUAUGUAGUUAUUUUAAUAUAAUAUAUAAACACAAAUUCUUUGAGAGUGGUUAAUAAUUCUUAAAAUAAAUUAAAUUAUUCCUUCUAAGAACAAACUCUUUUGUUUGAAGUCAGAGUAAUUAUCAUAAAUAUACGUACGAAACAUAUUAUGCAAUAGCGAAUUGUAUAUAAUAUUAAAAUUUUCGCAUAAUUAUGUUAGAACGUUUGCAAUGAAGAAUUAUUAUUUGUUUUCUAAAAUAUAUUUGUAAUCAAUAAUAGUUAAACAGUAGAAUUGUAAAGUUUUUAAAGUUUAAGUAACUGCUCACGAACUUUGUAUAAAUAGUAACGGUGUGAUAAAUUGCAUGUUGAGGUCCUAAGUAAUCUUAAAGUUAUAAUGUCGUUUAAAAUAUUUCAAGCGGAAUGAAAUAUAAUUAUUUAUAAUAUACCAUUAAGUAUCUUUAAAAUGCGAAAGAAAUUUAAUUAAAUUUUUGUAUACAACAACAAA